GGCGUCGGCGUCCAGGGUCCUUCCUCCUGGCGUGGGUCACGUGGUGCCGGGCGACGCCGCGCGCCGUGGGCGGGAUUUGAGCCCAGAUCGGGAGAGGGAGGUCCACUCUUCUUGGAGACCGAGGGAGACGGGGGCGAGGGGAGCCGGAGCAGCUUUCUGCGAACUGUACGUCAAGAGUGAAGGGUGUCAGGAGUAGCAGCACCCCCCUCCCCCCCAAGUGGAAGAUGUGCAGAGGGCGCUUCGCUGCUCCGUCGGCCUCCACUUAGUCUUAUCUGAAAAGAACAACUUUUUAUUUUUUUAACUGUCUGUCCCCCGUUUUCCCACUUUUUUGAUCUGACACAUUGGCGCAGGAGCCAAAGGAAGCAGAACGACCAGAGAUGAUGCUCCGUGUAGCCACUCUAUAAAUAAGGAAGAAACAGUAAAUGGUUUUAUUUAUGCUCUGCAAACUUGCGGCACUAUCUUCCUUACUAAUAAUUUCCCUGUCAGGCUUCACCAUUUGGAGGACAAUAAUAAUAAGAAACAAGGAGGACAUACCAUAGCUUCUGUUUAGCGUUGAAUUCUUAAGAAGAUCUUCGCAAGCAGAAUCCUCUGGACUCUUGGAGCACAUCUGUCACUAUGGAACAGUAGGCAUGUGGUAUGCUGAAGAUGGCUUUUGACUGGUCCAGAGUCUGCCUCCUGGUUCCUGACUUCUUGCACAUCUGAGGGAUCUGUGCAGUUUAUGGGAAAUACUCGGUGUUGUCGCUGAGGAACGUCGUGGUCGUUUGGGACGCCCUUUUCCCACCGUAGCUAAGAGCGCAGUGGAGGAGACAUGGCGAAGAACUCAUACAGUGGGGUGAAAAAUCAUGAAGCCAACCAUGAUGGGGACUUUGGAUGCUCUCUCAAGGAGCUACGCUCCCUCAUGGAACUGCGUGGGGCAGAGGCGCUCCAUAAAUUGCAGGAAUCUUACAGUGACGUCCAAGGCCUCUGUAACAGAUUGAAAUCGUCACCAAUAGAAGGUUUGAGUGGACACCCUGCAGACAUCGACAAGAGAAAAGAAAUAUUUGGAAUGAACUUAAUACCUCCAAAAAAGCCAAAAACCUUCCUUCAGUUAGUGUGGGAGGCAUUGCAGGACGUAACGCUCAUUAUUCUUGAAGUGGCAGCCAUAGUUUCUUUAGGCCUUUCUUUUUAUAGACCUCCAGAUGAGGAAAGAGACCACUGCGGCACGGCGGCAGGUGGUGUGGAGGAUGAGGGUGAGGCUGAGGCGGGAUGGAUUGAGGGAGCAGCCAUCCUUCUGUCCGUCAUCUGUGUGGUGCUGGUGACUGCCUUCAACGACUGGAGCAAGGAGAAGCAGUUCCGGGGCCUCCAGAGCCGCAUCGAACAAGAGCAGAAGUUCACUGUUGUCAGGGGGGGACAAGUCAUCCAGAUCCCAGUGGCUGAGAUCGUCGUAGGGGACAUUGCACAAAUCAAAUAUGGUGACCUCCUGCCUGCAGAUGGUGUGCUGAUCCAGGGAAGUGAUCUCAAAAUUGACGAGAGCUCUCUGACGGGGGAAUCGGACCAUGUGAAGAAGACGCAGGACAAGGACCCCAUGCUGUUGUCUGGAACCCAUGUCAUGGAGGGUUCUGGCAAGAUGGUGGUCACCGCGGUGGGGGUCAACUCUCAAUCUGGAAUCAUUUUCACAUUGCUCGGGGCUGGAGAGGACGAAGAUGAGGAGGAAGAGAAAGAAGAAAAAAAGGAGAAGAAGAAAAGCAAAAAGCAGGAUGGCUCCAUUGAGAACCGCAAAAAAGCUAAACCUCAGGAUGGAGCAGCCAUGGAGAUGCAGCCACUCAACAGCGAGGAUGCGGCCGAGUUGGAGGAGAAGCGGAAAGCCAACAUGCCCAAGAAGGAGAAAUCUGUCCUUCAGGGGAAGCUGACAAAACUAGCAGUGCAGAUUGGGAAAGCAGGUCUCGUGAUGUCAGCCAUCACCGUCAUCAUUCUGGUGGUCCUCUUUGUCGUCAAUACCUUCUGGUUCCAAGGCCUGCCUUGGGUCAAGGACUGCACUCCCAUCUAUAUCCAGUAUUUCGUCAAAUUCUUCAUCAUUGGUGUCACAGUGCUGGUUGUGGCUGUUCCGGAGGGUCUUCCUCUCGCUGUCACCAUUUCUCUGGCCUACUCUGUCAAAAAAAUGAUGAAGGAUAACAAUUUAGUGAGACACCUGGAUGCCUGUGAAACCAUGGGCAACGCGACUGCCAUCUGCUCCGAUAAGACAGGCACCCUAACCAUGAACAGGAUGACCGUUGUUCAGGCCUACCUGGCUGAUAAACAUUACAGGAGGGUUCCCGAACCUGAGCUCAUCCCUGCAAGCAUCAUGGACCUGCUCAUCCUGGGCAUCAGUGUCAAUUGUGCAUACACCACCAAAAUCAUGUCUCCUGAAAAGGAAGGUGGUUUGCCUCGUCAAGUGGGCAACAAGACAGAAUGUGCCUUGCUGGGCUUCGUCCUGGAUUUAAAAAAGGACUACCAAGCAAUCCGCAACGAGAUCCCAGAGGAGAAGCUCUACAAGGUCUACACUUUCAAUUCCGUCAGGAAAUCCAUGAGCACCGUGCUGAAGAAUGCUGAUGGCAGCUUCAGGAUGUUCAGCAAAGGAGCUUCUGAAAUUCUCCUGAAGAAGUGCUGUAAAAUCAUGACUGCGAGUGGUGAGCCAAAGGUGUUCCGGCCCAGGGACCGGGACGACAUGGUGAAGAAAGUGAUUGAACCCAUGGCUUCUGAGGGCCUGAGGACCAUCUGCCUGGCCUACAGGGACUUCCCUGCAUCUGAGGGGGAGCCUGAAUGGGAAAAUGAAACGGACAUCCUCACCAGCCUCACCUGCAUCUGCGUGGUGGGCAUCGAGGACCCCGUUCGGCUGGAGGUCCCUGACGCCAUUAAGAAGUGCCAGCGUGCUGGAAUCACAGUGCGCAUGGUCACCGGGGACAACAUCAACACCGCCAGAGCCAUCGCCGUCAAGUGUGGCAUCCUCCAGCCUGGAGACGACUUCCUGUGCCUGGAGGGCAAGGACUUCAACAGGCGGAUACGCAACGAGAAGGGAGAGAUUGAGCAAGAGCGUAUCGAUAAGCUAUGGCCUAAACUCCGGGUGCUGGCGAGAUCCUCCCCUACCGACAAACACACACUUGUCAAAGGUAUAAUCGAUAGCACUGUAGCUGAGCAAAGACAGGUCGUCGCCGUAACGGGGGACGGCACUAACGACGGCCCCGCCUUGAAGAAAGCUGACGUUGGCUUUGCAAUGGGCAUCGCUGGUACUGAUGUAGCCAAAGAAGCCUCUGACAUCAUCCUGACGGAUGACAACUUCAGCAGCAUUGUGAAAGCUGUCAUGUGGGGGAGGAAUGUGUACGACAGCAUCUCUAAGUUCCUGCAGUUCCAGCUGACCGUCAACGUGGUGGCCGUCAUUGUUGCCUUCACCGGGGCAUGCAUCACACAGGACUCUCCCCUGAAGGCAGUCCAGAUGCUGUGGGUGAACCUAAUCAUGGAUACCUUUGCCUCAUUGGCCCUGGCCACUGAGCCUCCCACCGAAUCCCUGCUGCUCAGGAAGCCUUACGGACGCAACAAGCCGCUCAUCUCCCGCACCAUGAUGAAGAACAUACUGGGCCACGCCGUCUACCAGCUUACCAUCAUCUUCACAUUACUGUUUGCUGGUGAGCAGAUUUUUGACAUUGACAGCGGCCGUAACGCCCCCCUGCACGCGCCCCCGUCUGAACACUACACCAUAGUCUUCAACACCUUCGUCAUGAUGCAGCUGUUCAAUGAGAUAAAUGCCCGCAAGAUCCACGGCGAGAGGAAUGUCUUUGAUGGCAUCUUUAACAACCUCAUCUUCUGCUCAAUCGUGCUGGGAACGUUCAUCAUCCAGAUCGUCAUCAUCCAGUUUGGGGGGAAGCCCUUCAGCUGCGUGGGACUGUCCAUCGACCAGUGGCUCUGGUGUGUCUUCCUAGGGAUGGGCUGUCUGCUCUGGGGCCAGGUCAUCUCCACCAUCCCCACGAGCCGCCUCAAGUUCCUGAAGACGGCGGGCCACGGCACGCAGAAGGAGGAGAUCCCGGAUGAGGAGCUGGAGGACAUGGACGACCUGGACGAGAUUGACCAUGCGGAGCGGGAGCUGCGGCAUGGCCAGAUCCUCUGGUUCAGGGGCCUCAACCGGAUCCAGACUCAGAUGGAUGUAGUCAGUGCUUUCCAGAGUGGAACUUCCUUUCAGGGGGCUCUAAGGCGCCAGCCCUCCAGCGCCAGCCAACAACACGAUAUCCGGGUGGUGAACGCCUUCCGCAGCUCCCUGUCACCGUAUGAGGGGCUGGAGAAGCCGGAAUCCCGGAGCUCCAUCCACAACUUCAUGACCCACCCGGAGUUCCGGAUUGAGGACUCGGAACCUCACAUUCCCCUGAUCGAUGACACUGACGCCGAGGAUGACGCCCCCACAAAGCGCAACUCCUCAUUGCCACGCAACUCGCCUCCGCACAACUCAUCACCGCCACACGAUUCGACCCUGCACAACUCAUCCCCGCAUGACUCAGCCCCCCGUGAUCAAACCCCUCAUGACUCAACCCCGCAUGAUUCAGCUGCUCACAAUUUGUCCCCGCACGACUCAGCCCCACAGAACUCAGCCCUGCAUGAUGCAUCCCCUCAUGAUUCAACCCUGCGUGACUCGGCUGCUCACAAGUCAUCCCUGCACGACUCGGCCCCACACAAUUCAUCCCCACACAACUCCGUGCCCCCUUCUCCUUCCUCACCUAACAAGAACAAUAACGCUGUGGACACCAGUGGCAUCCACCUCUUCCUGGACAUCAAAUGUGUCCCUGCAGCAGCUCCGGGGAGCCGCCUGCACAGCCUGGAGACGUCCCUCUGAGUCAGCACCACGGGCUGCCUUGCCUGCUACCGGCUUUCUUCGCUGUUCUUACUUUUAAAUCGGUGUAGCGAAACAAAUCUGAAGAUACCAGCAGGGAGCGCUGUGGAGGUUUUGAUUACGUUGGAAUAUUUUCUGUGAGCCGAGAUUGUACAGGACUUAAACAAGAGCAAACAUUCAUCCGAAUGUAGGGUUUUGUUUUCAUGUAUUGUAUUUUUAACCCCUCUUUAAAAUCACCCAGUUAUGACCCACCAUUUCAGUGUAUGACACUUGUUUUCACCCCUCACCCUUUGAUCAUUGUGUUCUGACAAAAAGGGGGGAUAUUGAUAUACUUGGAUUGAAAGUGACCUGUUUUUUUAUCAUGAUUAUUUAAUGGGGAGGGGGGGGUAUCAUCAUAGCUAAAGAUAAGAUGCAUUAAAUAGACUCAACUGAAUCUUAAGCUUCUGGAAGGGUUUUGUGUAUAUUUUUCCUCUUACCCUUAUUCAUGAACAUGCUUUCAUUUCCGCUAUAUCAGUUGUUAAUAUUUUGGAAUUAUUUAUGUUCUCAGAAAAAGCAGGUCUGUUUACAAGGUUUGUAGAUAUUCUUUCUUCCAUUUGUAGGUGAAAAUGCUUCUUGGAUUAUGGAGCAAGUAUAAGAAGGGGGGCAAAAAGAAUGAUUUUCAGAUACUGCUGUUUCAGGAAAAAAGGGUGUUUCUAUUGAAACUGAACUAUUUUUGCCUGCAAAGUUUAUUUAAAUUGUAGAUGUAGGUCCUGGUAUUCAAGUAGGUAACACUAAGGCUUGUCUAGCAGUGAGCAAAGAUGUUUGCGGUCUUUUUGUGAAGGUAAGCAGAGAAAGAAUUGGACAAAGGCCUCCAUUUACAUUUCUAUAAAUAUUUACUACUUAUUUGCUUAAUUGUUUGAGUCUUGUUUCUCGUGAUCACGGGAAACCAGCUAAGUUCUUAUUUAUAAUGUAUACACCAGGUGGAGCGAUUAAGGGAUAAUUCCUUUAAACCCAGGACUGUUGUAUGCAGUGAUGUAAAUACAGGAAGUCUACUGCUGCAGUCCUCACUACAAAGGGUUAACAUGCUGGCGGACUGCUGGUGUCAGCUGACCGUCUUGCUGGGAGUCGAAGAUCCCUUUGAGGUGUUCUGUCUGCAGAAUGGAGAGGCUUUGAUUUCCUGGCGAAAUGGUCUCUCCCACUCAGCAACGCUUCAGUCCCUGCCAAUGUACAAUAUUGACUUUUUUUGUUUACUCAGGCAUAGACAAGCAUUGAAUUGAUCAUGAUAAAUUGAAAUCCAAAAGAGAAUGCAUUUUAACCUCAGAUUUUGAUGUUUUUAGGUAGUAUAACAAUAUCGUCUUGGUCAAAAAGCGAGUGGACUAUUUUUGGUUUUUAUUUAUUUAAAUUUCGAAAUUUUCCAUUUAGCAAAGCUUCAUGCUUAAGUUCUGGGUUGUUAAAAUUUUCAAAUACCAAAAAAAAAAAAAACUGUUUGCAUUUUGUCCUCAUCAUAGUCCAUAAGACUCCCAUCAGUAACUAAAUGCUGCUGGGUUUUAUUUUAUUUUGGACCCUGAUAUACUGGAAACAGGAUUGGCACAUUUUUUAGAGGUGGAGGUGGGGUUGAUCUACACUGGCAUCACUGCACAGGGUACACUGUAUUUCGUAACACCUACCCUGGGGGAAACUUUGAUACAGAUAUCCAUGUAAAAAGUACCUUUGUAUUUUGUUUUCUAAUGAAACUGCAGAUGCUUUUAAAAAAAAAAAAGCCUACAAAGUCAGGUUUUUGGGGGCUCUGGACACCAUCUUGCAUCACAAGGUCAGUGCAGUUGGGUUAAGGACUGGGUGCUUCUGCCAGGAAUCCAUUUUCUCAGGGUAACAGGUGGUGUGAAACUGCAGCAGACUUCUGCUUGAGCCUGCCGUCGAAACGUUAGCAAUUUUAUGUUGUGGAAUGAGUCGUUGACCAUGUGGUUUUCCAUCUGUUCUGGGAGCCAGUUUCAGGUGCGGUGGCUACCUCCUGCCUCAUCGCUUGGACUGCUGACCGUGGGUUCGAGUGAAGGAAAGGGGAGCAAUGUCCUUCAGAUAACUCUGUCACUUUGAGUUAAAAUUUUAGUUUUCUUUAUUUUACAAAUAAAAAAAGCAGCUUGAGAUUGCAAAAAAGAUUAAAAAUCAGAGAUAGAAUCCAUACCUUUAUUCUGUAGCUUCUUCCUGUAAUGGGAAUGAAUGUUAUCCAUCUGUUUUAUGGAUUGUUUUUUUUAUCUUAACAUUUGGAAAUAAAGUACUUCAUGUCUGUUUAUCUUGAGCAAUGUAAAUGGUUAUUGUGAUUCGAUUUACAUUUGAAACUUGUCGAGUAAUGUGUAUGGUUUUUAAAAAUAAAAAAUGAAUAUUUAGCCUA